UUACAUGUGUCAAAAAUACGUGUUUGUAUUUCUUGUUCGAAUACGAUUAAAAGAUGAAAUUCGGCGAAAAUGUGUGAAUUAUUUUAAGCCUUUAUUUAUUUUAUAAGUAGUAUAGUGUUUAAUUUAUCUUAGCACUCAGUUAAACUAUGACCGAGAAAGAAGAGACUAUCAAAAAACCAGAACAAGAACCAUUGGACGACGAAGCACUAGAGAAAUUAGCCGUUGAGGAACUGAUGCGGGAAGCGGUUCAAGGGGCAGCAAGAGCUGAAAUAGUGGGCCCUUCCGGUUGGGUCAAAGCACCUCAACAGAAAACGAAUAAACGUUUCCUCGUUAACACUCUGCGGAAUGCGGUGAGCUCCAACAAGUAUCACAGCUCACGUGCCGCGCACAAGCACUCCCGACACAGGUCCCCCAAAAGGGAUAGGUACCCUGAACCCAGUAUUAAGAAGGACAGAUCAAAAAGAAAGAAUUAAACAUGGCAGAUUACGAUAUAGAUUCACUUUUACAAACUAUUUUCGAUAGCACCGAAAGUAACACUUGGAAACCUUCAGAUAAAAUUCAACGGAUCAACAAAGAAUUGGAUAAGCUCAAAGCUGACACUAGAGAAUUCAUUGGUAAUGCAGACUAUGAUAUAUCAGCAAUCCUUACUGAGAGCAAUGAGCUGUGUGCCGAGAGUGGCGCCCUGGUGCAGGAGAUGGAAGCCUGCCAGGAGGAGAUAGAAGGGGAGACAAUGGCUGACAUCCUUCAAGCCAUAGAUAAACAGAAUGAGCUAGCCAAAGAAUUGCAAACAGUAAACUUUGCCAUUAACCUAAUUUAUGAUGUAGUUACAUGUGGGAACUAUGUAAAAGAUUUUGAAUCUGGUAGGAUUGAUAAAAGCUUCAACCGAGCUUGUGAAUCCGUUUACGACUUGCUGCAGUUCUUGGAGAACCCGACGGAAGGUUUCACAAGCCUGGACAUUUACAACACCACCAAACAAAAUGCACAAUUAAUAUUAGAGAGCUUGCUGCGGGAUUUGUACAUAGUGUGGGAUAGGAUGAUAGCGUACAACAUUAAGAGUGGGGCCAAGAAAACUGAAGUUACCAUUACUUUCAAUAUGGAGGAGAGACUCGUAGUUGUCGAUGCAUUAAAUGCACUCUGCAAAUGCAAGAGAUUGAUGGAAAAGGUCAAACAUGUAUCCCAGUUUCUUCUAAAAGAUGUCUUAGAACCGAUCAUACACUUUGACUGCACAGUUUAUGCAGAAACUGACGAUCAAGUAACUAUAACAAUAAACCAUAAACAGAAAAAUCCUCCUUACGAUAAUGUGAUAGCUAACUUGAGGAUACUCUUCCAUUUCCUGAGUAACAAAUUAAAUGUAGACUUUGACUAUCACAUGACUCUGAUGACACUUAUAGGUGAGACAAUUGCUGUUGAGUUCAUAGAUGUACUUGUCAAAGAUUGUCUUCUAGACACCAUACCAAAUAACCUAAAUGACUUGCAAACAUAUGGCAAGAUAACGGCAGAAAUAGAGGAUUUCCAACGUUUCCUUUCAAUGGUGAAAUUCUUUUACAAAGACAAAUACUCAUUGUUAGCAUACAUGAAAGAUAUUGACAUAUUGUUUGCUAAUAAGUCCAGUCAGUAUUUCUUGGAGACAGCAAGAACUAUCAUGCUGAAAGAUUUAAGCGUGACCAUGUCCAUCGGUGUAGAGAGUAUACCGGAAGGCCCAGAGAGUCCGAGUACCUCUAAGUUAGAUAAAAGUACAGAGGAGGCGCUAACAGUGUUUGACGAGACAUUGCCUAAGAGCUUGUUCUACUUUCCCCGGUGCAUGAUUUCGAAGUCUGCUCAGGAGUUGCUGGAUUUGGUGCACGUGAUGAUGGAGCAGGCGGUGCAGUGCUCAGAUGUGGUCUCUAAAAAGCUUUACAAUACUACGAGGCUUGUGUUUGAGCUAUAUGAUGCCGUAGUACCUUAUCAUCAUGAGAAAUAUCUGCAGACCAUUCCACAAUAUGUUGCUCUGUUCCACAACAACUGCAUGUACCUAGCGCACCACCUACAAACCUUUGGAGACAAAUGGUUGAUCCUGAUGGAGGGACGCCGCGUGCAGUACCCGGUCAGCUUCGUGGACCACGUGCAGACGAUGCGCUCUCUCGCUCACACACACCUCGCCGCGCAUAUGAGACUACAGCGCGCGCAGAUACAGGACAUACGAUCAGAGCAUCUGAACAACCUGGCGAUGAAGGAUGUCCUCGGUGACGAUGCAGAAGCAGCAAUUCGACAGAGUCUGCGGCAACUGCAACUGCUCAAAAACGUUUGGAUCGGUGUGCUGCCUUACAACGUGUUUACUAGAUUGAUGGCAACACUAGUGAACAUGUUCGUAGAAGAGCUGAUCCAUCGUGUGUGCACCGUCGAAGAUAUCUCUAUGGAAAUGGCCACUCAGCUCACUGAUAUCUACACACUUGUCGUUCAGAAGGCCCCACAACUGUUUCAGAAACCCAGCGAUGUGGAAGAGCACGUCAAAUCCUGGAUCAAGUUACAAGAACUCAUAUUCGUCCUCAGUGGUUCUCUGAAGGACAUAGACAACCACUGGAACGACGGCAAAGGCCCGCUGGCCAUCCACUUCAAGACAGAGGAACUUAGGAGCCUCAUCAAAGCACUAUUCCAAAACACGCAGUUUAGAGCUAAUUUGCUGUCUAAGAUAAAGUAAAUGUGUUUUAUUCUAUAUUCAGUCAUUAUAAUAAAUAAAUAUGGUGUUGAUUGAA